CUCCUCAUAUCAAGAUUAGUAUAAUACCUAAUUUGCAAUGGAUAAACACAAUUCAAUUACCAACUUUUCAAUGUAUUCUAGAUAACUGGAUGUAUUCAACAUUGAACAACUACAGUAUUUAUUUUAUUCGUAUUGAAGAUACGUAUAAAUUAUUCAAUAUUCAAGGGAAUCAAUUAAUUCCAAGAAAUUUAUCUACUAGUACAGUUACAAUAUUGUAUGAGUGUAUACUUGAAAUCAAUGAGCAAGUAUACAGGGAAUCAUUAAAUCUUAUUUAUGAAU